CUUGGACUUUCGCGUGUUUUCUCAUUAUGCGAUUGAAUCACCUAUUUUCGGCAGCUGCCUUAGCUGUGGCCUUCUGCGCCGAAAACGCUUCAGCUGCGAAACAUGGACGUUUUGGCCAGAAGGCCCGAGACUCGUUGAAUUUGGCCAAGCGCUCUUCACAGUCGUCCUCUUUUACGCCCGAGAAGCGGACGAAGGAGCAUUUCCGUUUCCUCGACAAGAAAACUACUCCUUAUCUGGUAGAGAGUCUCCCCGAUGUCUCCUUUGAUGUUGGCGAGAUGUACUCGGGAUUGGUUCCAAUUGAGAAGGGUAACGACAGCCGCGCUCUUUUCUUCGUGUUUCAGCCCAAGCUCGGAGAGCCCGUUGAUGAGCUUACGAUCUGGCUCAACGGCGGACCUGGUUGUAGCUCUCUGGAGGGCUUUUUCCAGGAAAACGGGAGGUUCGUUUGGCAGCCAGGAACAUAUGCCCCUGUCGAGAACGCAUACUCCUGGGUCAACCUUACCAACAUGUUAUGGGUUGAACAACCGGUGGGCACUGGGUUCUCCGUCGGUACGCCGACUGCGGUGUCGCAGGAGGAUAUUGCGGAAGACUUUCUGAAGUUUUUCAAGAACUUCCAGGAAACGUUUGGAAUUGAACGUUUCAAGAUUUUCGUUACUGGAGAAAGCUAUGCAGGACGCUACGUCCCCUACAUUUCUGCUGCUAUGUUGGACAAGAAAGAUAAGAAACACUACGAUCUGUCCGGUGCCAUGGUGUAUGAUCCAUGCAUUGGACAGUUCGAUUAUGUGCAACAGGAAGCGCCAGCCGUGCCCUAUGUGCUAGAACAUGCUGCCUUUUUCAACUUCAACGCCAGCUUUUUGGAGGAGCUCGAGAGUCUUCACGAGUCGUGUGGCUACAAGGAUUAUCUGGAGGAGUACCUGGUUUUCCCACCUUCCGGCGUGCAGCCGCCCAAGUCCUUCAAUUACACCAGCGAGGCCAACUGCGAUGUUUUCGAUCUGAUCGACAAUGAAGCGAUGAGAAUCAACAGUUGCUUCGACAUCUAUGAGAUCAGCUUACAGUGCCCGCUGGCUUGGGAUGUCCUUGCGUUCCCCACGGAGCUGGUCUACCAGCCCGAGGGAGCGACUGUUUAUUUCGACCGGGCAGACGUCAAGCGUGCCAUGCAUGCUCCUCAAAAUGUCACCUGGGCCUCGUGCUCCGUAGAAAGCGUGUUUGUCGGUGGCAGCGGGGGUCCCGAGCAAGAGGGUGACUUCUCACCGAACCCGAUUGAAAAGGUACUUCCCCAGGUGAUUGAGGCGACCAACCGCGUCCUGAUCAGCAAUGGCGAUUAUGAUAUGGUUAUCAUCACCAAUGGGACUCUGUUAUCCAUCCAGAAUAUGACAUGGAACGGAGAUCUUGGAUUUCAGACGGCGCCCACGAAACCGAUCCACAUCACCCUGCCAGAUCUCCAAUACGCCGCAGUUCUAGAGGAGAACGGUUUCACCUGGGACCAGGGGCAGGGAGUGAUGGGAGUGCAGCACUUUGAGCGUGGAUUGAUGUGGGCCGAAACAUUCCAGAGCGGACACAUGCAGCCGCAAUUCCAGCCCAGAGUGACCUACCGUUAUCUCGAAUGGUUGUUGGGUCGGACUGACGCAUUGUAAGAUGAAGUUAACAGGGACGUCACUGUAUAGAAUUAUGAGGCUUAGAUUCAGCUCAGAUAGGAUAUAGAACUAGAGAUAGAGAUCUAUAUUACAUAGAGCACUUCAGUAAGUUGAUUACUGGAGCAAUAUUCCAAUGUUG